AUGGCGGCCGUUCAUCGCAGAAAUCUGGCGGCUUCACCGGAUCCAGGCGACGCGGUCUCCCUCGCGCCGGUGUCCGCCGUCGCUCGCUCGCCUGCGCCAACGGUCGGGCAGGAGGUGGAGUCGGAGGGGGCGGAGCUCGAUCCGGUCGGCCAGGAUCUGGAGAAGGAAGGGAGGCACUGGAUCCGGAGGAUUUUUGGAGGCCCGUACGAGGGCCGCGUCCCCCUCCCCCUCGAGCGCCGCCGCCUCGCCGAGAGCGCCGCCGCCUACGCUGAGAGCGCCUCCGUAUCCGCAUUGAGUGAGGCCGCUUUCACCACGAGGGCAUCUGCGGAAGCUGACAGGGCAGCGGCAGCAGCCGAGAUGGCUGCAGCAGCUGCUGCGACGGCGGCUGCAAACACCGAGAGCGCUCGAGCUGCCUACCCCAGUAGUACUGUGAAAAGUCUAGCCGCCAUUUAUCAGUGGUCACCACUACUCGCUGGUAGGAGUACUACGCCAGUCGGCAUGGAGGAGGAGCUGACGCUGGUGGGGUACUGGUCGAGCCCGUUCGUUCUGCGCGCGCGCUUCGCCCUCAACCUCAAGGGCCUCCCCUACGCGUACGUGGAGGAGGUGGGCCUCUUCGACGGCAAGAGCCCGCUCCUCCUCGCCUCCAACCCCGUGCACAAGAGGGUGCCGGUGCUCAUCCACAACGGCAAGCCCGUCCCCGAGUCGCAGCUCAUCGUGCAGUACCUCGACGAGGCUUUCCCGGCCAGCUCCCCGCGCCUCCUCCCUCGCAACCCGCACGAGCGCGCCGUCGCCCGCUUCUGGGCCUCCUACGUCGACGGCGAGCUGCUCAGCGCGUGGCUGCCCGUCUACGGCGGACGCACCGGCGAGGAGAGGGCGGAGGCGGCGGGGCGGGUCGGCGCCGCCCUGGAGACGCUGGAGCGAGCGUUUGGGGAGUGCUCCAAGGGGAAGGGCUUCUUUGGCGGGGACACGGUGGGGCUCGUGGACGUCGUGCUCGGCGGCUUCGUCGGGUGGCUGCACACGUCCGAGGCCAUGUGCGGCGUGAGGCUGCUCGACGCCGCCGCGACGCCGCUGCUGGCGGCCUGGGCGGAGCGGUUUCGCGCGCUCGACGGCGUCAAGGAGGUGAUACCGGAUGCGCAGAGGCUGCUCGAGUACAACCUGAUGAGGCGAGCUCGCCUCGGGCUGCCGCCGACCUCGCCGCCGCCGUCACAGCACCAAUAGAUAGAUUUAUAUAUAUAAAUAAUGCUAGAAUCAGGGCUGGCCAAUACACCACGUGCAAAUAGCCUGUACCAAUAACUGAGCAUGUAUACCUACCCUGUGUAUGUAUUUCUACCCUUUUUUUGUGCAUGGUUAUGUAUUUCUA